AUGAUGGAGCAGGAAACCAUCUACAAGUUGGAGGAGGAUGUGGGUCUUGACACCGAGAUGUGUGUACCCGCAACAGAGCUCCAUGCCCUUUGGAGGAUGAUAAGCUCGAGGUCUUAUCAGAUCUCAAAGAACAAGAGUUGUCACAUCAAGAACCCGGCCAUCCGCUACGCUCAUAAGGCGAUUGCUCACACUCUCUUUGCGAGGCACGAGUGCUCGAAUGUUACUACACAGGAGCUUGAGCUGCUUGACACCGGGAUCAUCCAGAAGUUGGUGACCCUGGACGACGGAGAAGGGAUGAGCGGAGACUUGAAGCACGCAAGCAAGGCAGUGGUGAUGAUUAGCUCUUUCAAGCACAUCAUGAGGAACACAGAGCUGUUAUACGAACAGGGCAAGAUAAAGGAAUCACUUUGGCAAUAG